AUGUCAUUAAAAGUAUUAAUCUUGGGUAAUGGUACUUCUCAAAUAGCACCAUCGUUUAUAGUUGAUAUUAACUCAUACCGAUACCUCUUUAAUGUGCCAGAGAGUACACAAAGACUAUUUUUAGAAAAGGAAUUGAAGAUGUCGAAGUUAAGUGGAGUCUAUGUCACUUCAUCUGACUGGUCAUGUUGUUCUGGUGUUAUCCCUGCAUAUUCAAACCUUUUUAAAACCAACUUUAGAAAAGUCCCUUUCCAUAUGCCACAAGGAGCUUAUAAACUGAUCAAAGCAGUCGACUUUAUGCCAUGUUCAGAUGACGAUGUUAAAAAACGAUGGACUUUCAAUGAGAAAGUUACAGUCCACUCGAAAACUACCUUCACCCCUUUAAUUAUUCCAAUCGAAAACAAAGAGACUCUAUGUUAUACAAUCAGUCUUCCUCCAGUACCUGGUAAAUUUAAUACGGACAAAGCAGAUAGUCUUAAAGUACCAAAAGCUAAAAGAGGUAUUCUUGUGAAGCAAGGGUUCUUGAAGUUGGAAGAUGGAAGUGUUAUUCAGAAAACACAAGUCUGUUCGCCUGAAAUUACUCUUGGAGAUAUACUUGUUCUUCACUUCACUUCAGAAAAGCAAUGUAUAUAUUUCAUCGAAACGUAUGCAAAGAAGAUCAUAAAGUCACUGGUAUGUGUUAUAUUAAUAAUUAACACAUCAUUACUCACAUUUGUACCCUUGGUUAACUUCCUUAAACAAUUUCAAUGCAAAAAGAUAUUUUUAAAAGACUGGACAUCACCUCCACUGAAGUUUUCAAGUGAGUCCUUUGUAAGAACAAAUAUGUUCCACUCCGCUUACAACAAAUUACUGCCCGGAUAUGCUCCAGAAAUCACAUAUAGUAGUACAGAAGAGGGGUUCACUGCAAUUAACAGCGUUAUCACAUUGUUUCCAGUCGAACAAGAGAUUACAAAUACAACGGACUUCAUGGUCAAAAUACCCGAAAGAGCACCAUUGCCCUUAACAAAAGCAGAACAAUUUGAGGUGAAGAUAUUGGGCACUGGUGGCGCAUUUCCUGGUGUCUUCAGAGAUGUUUCAUGCAACGUUCUUAAAAUUGGAAAUACAACUAUAGUGGUGGAUAUGGGAGAAGGCGGUGCAUUUCAUCUUCUUCAAAAUAACGUCUCUAUUGACUCUAUUGACAUGUUUUACUUUACACAUAUCCACAUGGACCAUAUAUAUGGCCUUCUCACUGCACUAACAUUCCGAAAGAAGCGAGCACUCGUUAUAGGUCCUUUGGGUUUCGAGAGAAGAGUCAGAAACUUUCUGAAAGAAUCGAAAUUAAACUUGGAAGUGAUGUAUGUCGACCACAAACUAUUUUCAGAAGAUCUAUUGUGUCAAAAAGCAAAAGCCAUUAUCAAUACGUUGAACAUUAACAUACAAACUAAGCUUCUCAAACACAAAUUGGAGCCUAAUUAUGGAGUGAGGUUCUCUAAUACAGAAGUAUCUGUUGUGUUCUCUGGAGACACCGUCCCAUGUGAGAAUGAUGCUCAAUUGUGUCAAGACGCAGAUUAUGUGAUUCAUGAAUGCAAUUAUGAAGAUGACAAUGAACAGAUGGCUAUAGACAGAGGGCACUCAUGUAAGAAUUUGAUCGAAAAGUGUUUAACUCGGUGCAACAACAAAGUCAUAGUUUUGAAUCACAUCUCACAACGAUCGUCAAGUUGUCUAGUACUGAAAAGUGACAUUCUCCCAAUAGUCCUUUCUUUUGAUGGAAUGACUUUCAAUGAGAAUAUCAAGAAAGAGUGGCAAAGUGUGAACACAAUAACAUCUUUAUAUGACACUGACAUCACAACAGAACCUGAGGUUGUAAGUGAUUGA